CUCCCACACUGUCCACUGGGCGGCACUGUUGCCUCGUCGGUCCACACGUCGCCGCCGAGACACAAUCACAUCGAGCCCGCACUUGUUUCCUGUUUCAAAUGCUUGUCUAAAUAGGUCACGCAUGGACCGAAGCUGUUAGCAAACAACGCAACCACAGGCUCUUCACCUCUGUCAUCGUUUUUUUUCUUCUUGUUUGUUCAUGGGAAUGAAUAAAAGCCGGAAGUCGCGCAUGUUUUUUUAUUCUGAAAUCCAAGUAAAGUUGAUGCUGUCAGGUAUAAGGGGCAAAAACUCUCAGGCAUGGAGGGAUGUGGGUGUGUGAGGAUCCUGCCCGCUGCAGAAAACGUCACCACACGUUAUCUGAGCGGACAGAUUUGCACAGCGAGGCUGACCGAGGGCUCGGUCGCGACGUGAGGCUGGUGUGAACACUGUGUUGCUUCUAGAGGGGAGUUCAGGAUGAGCCGUUCCCUGCAAUCCUGCUCUUGGAGGACUAAUUUGCUCCUCUGUCUGGGGCUUUUUCUGCACUGUGGAGAGGCCAAGGUUCACACUGAAGUGCAGGCCGGGCCUCUGUAUCGCGUGGUGGGCACUCCGCUCUCCAUCUCCUGCAACGUGAGCGGCUUCAUCAAUCCCAACGCCAAGCAGGAGUUUGAAUUCCGCGUGAAGAAGCCUGCGAAUCCGAUGUUUGAGAUCAACAUCAUCAGCACUGGUGACAACGACUUUGGCUACGCCGUAUAUUUGGAUCGCGUGAGGACCAAGGAAAUCACUCUGACGCAUGUAUCUCCGACUGCUGUCGUGUUCGAGAUACAAAGCCUGCAGAAAAACGACGAAGGGGAGUUUGAAUGUAGUGUGAAAAACUCAGAAAACGUGUAUCUAGGAACCUACAGCGCUCAGACAGUAGUGAAAGUGAUUGACAACUCUCUAAGUGUUUCAUCGCCUUCCUCCACCUCACUGAGUUAUGACGAGGGUGAUGCUCUCACUUUAACAUGCCAAGCCUCCAGCAACACCGUCCAGCACACCCACCUGUCUAUUGCCUGGUAUCUCCGUAAAGACGGGGAGGGCGACCCUCGGCCCAUCAUCUCUCUGGACAGAGACUUCACGCUCAGCCCAGGCCCGGGGUUUGAAGGCCGUUACCAGGCUGGACUCGUUAGGUUAGAUAAAAUUGGAGAGGCCACAUACAGGCUGAAGAUGGACAAGCUGGAGGUGUCAGACCAAGGCCAGAUCUACUGCCAGGCUCGGGAGUGGAUUCAGGAUCCCGACCGCUCUUGGUACGCUAUCACACAGGCGGAUGCGGCGGAGACUACCCUGAUCGUCAGAGCCAGAGUGUUGCCAGACACGUCAUCUGUGGCGGUGAGAAUUUCGGCACAGCCGGCGACCCUGCAGGAGGGACAGGAGCUAUCGCUGUCCUGUAACAUAGACACGGAGAAGCUGGAGGAGAGGUUCUUCUCUGUGGCCUGGCGCAAGGGAGGUGUCGAGCUGGCCCGCAUCGGCCCUACAGGCAUUCUGUCCCUGGGGCCAGAGUACAGCGUGCGAGGAAAAGAAGGAGAGCUCAGGGCAGCCCGGGUAGGGAGCAAAGAUUACCGUCUCAUAUUGCAGCCCGUCAGAACUGAAGACCACGGAGAGUAUGUCUGCAGAGCAUGGCCUCAGGACAGAGGCCAGGAUGGUGCCUUCACACAGGGGGCAGCCCAAGACUCCAGCUCCCAGCUAGUCAGCAUCUCAGCCGCAGAAAGUGGGCUCUCACUUGAAAUGCAAAACAGUGUGACAGUCAACGAAAGGGACAAGUUGGUGCUCACAUGUAAGGUGCAUGGGGUCAACGGUCAGCUCUCCGUCACCUGGCAACACAAAGCAACCUCCGCUGCCAUCUUUACAAAUGUCAUCAGCCUGAGCCAGGAGGGUGUUAUGGAAACUGCGGGGGAGUUCUCUAGACGCAGAGUGAGGGCGACGCGCCCGGCGACUGACACCUUCACCCUGGAGCUCGAUGAGGUCACACCUUCAGAUGCGGGUGUCUACCAGUGUGCUGUGUCUGAAUGGAAAACCAACAGCAAGACCAACAGCCGGUCACAGACUGCCACUGUGACAGUGGCGCCUGUAGAAUCAUAUGUGAAGGUGAACCUUAUAAGUCGCAACAGCAUAGUGACAGUAGGAGAUGAUGUGGCAUUGAUGUGCCGAGUCAAAGGGCCCCAUGUGCCGAUAACACUGACUUGGAGCCUCCAGCGGGACGCCACAAACCUCGAUAACAUCCUGACGCUGAACUACGACGGUGCCGUCAGCUGGUCUGCUGGAGUCGAGCAAAGCUACCAGCUCAAAGUGGAGAACACGGCGAGCGAAGUCCGUCACCAUCUUCUCAUCCACGGUGCGAGCCAACGGGAGGCGGGAAGCUACCAGUGUAGCGCAUCGGUCUUCAUUGAAAAUGCGUACAAGAGGCUGCCUGCAUCCAACCAGCUGGCUGUGAAAGUAAAUAAACCAGUGAGCAAGCUUGACCUGUCCUCCGCCCCCGCAUUGACUAGUAACAUCGACACCGACAUAGAGAUUAAAUGCUCAGUCAUCUCCAAAACCACUGCUUCCUCCCACUAUGCCGUCACCUGGCUGCUCCAGCAACAGGCAGAGAAACAGAUCUUCAUAAGCUCGGACCGGGACGCCCUCCUAACUUUUGGACCCCAGGUAGAGCCGAGCCACAGACAGCGAAUCAGCAUGAAGCGCACUAAGGGCCCUAGCUUUGAGUUGAGCAUUCGACAAGCUCAGAUCUCAGACGGAGGCUCGUACACAUGCGAGGUGGUGGAGUGGCUGCAGGAUCCUCGCGGUGAUUGGUAUGAACUCUCGCCAGUGUCCAGGACUACAAACGUAACAGUACUUGAACCUGAAAAUAACCUGUCCAUUGAAAAGAAUGAGCUGGAGCUGAAUAGGAGCCUGAGCCAGGAUUUCACCAUCCCCUGUCACAUCACCAGUCGAUCCAGCAAUGACUCCGAGUUCCAGGUCACGUGGUUCUGGCAGGAAGUAGCAGAGACCAAACAACUCCCCAUAUUCAUCGCUUACCGUGACGCCACCCUACACGACAGUUCUGGGAUGGGUGAUCGGCUAAGAUUUAGGCACCCUUUGCCCAACCAGUUCAGCCUCACAGUCACGAAGUUAGAUCUGGGAGAUAGUGGUCUGUACUUCUGCGAGGUAGAGGAGUGGAUCCCAUCUCUGCCUCAUGGCUGGAGGAAGGUUGCUGUGGAAAAGUCAGGAAAUUUGACUGUUUAUGUCAACGCGGAGGGAGAUGCUAGAGCCGUCACUGAGCCUGCAUGCAAUUCGGGCAUCUAUAUAGCGAUUCUCGUGGCCUUUGCCCUCUGCGCACUGGUGGUCAUAGUCGUACUGCUGCUGAAAAUUUGUCGGAGCAACGGAGCAAAGAAGUCUGAAAAAUCUCUGUGGACUGAGCAAGUCGCUCUAAACUCCAAACCCGGUGCGGAGGACUGAACAUCGUAGACCCAGAGGAGAAGGGGAGAGGAAAAUUGCGCUCAAAUUUUUUUUGUUACAUGUAAUAUUAUGCAAUAAUGUUUUAUAAUUCCACUGUACAUAUUUUCCACUCAUUUUUAUCCAAAGUUCAGUCACUCUCGUUUUAACGAAUGUGUUGAUAAUGUUCCGUUCCAAAAUAAUUGUUUCAGUGUUUUACUGUGCAGGCGGGAAUAACUUUGCCUUCUAUGAAUUAAUGAAAUUCAUUAAACCUUUAAAAUUGAA